AGACUCCCCCAAACACAAACUACUGUAUUACAGAAGUUUAUACUCUCGAGCAGAAUGGUAACAGCAUGUGCUGCAUCAACAUUUCAUUCCGAGAGAUCGCCUGUAGCACAGUGGGGACAGAUCACUGGACAGAGAAAAUGCCUGCAAUGUUAGAGAAGUACCAGAGUGUGGAGAAAAUAUUGUACGUGUUCAUUGCCGUCAUUGGAGUUCCUGUGAAUUUAGUGGCGAUUGUGAUCCUGUCCCGGGGAAAGUGCGGCCUCUCUACCUGCACCACUCGCUACCUGGUGGCCAUGGCAGCGGCCGAUCUACUGACCAUUGUCACCGAGGUCAUUUUGUCUCAAAUCAAUGAGUAUUACUUCCCGUUGAAUUUCCUGGACAUCAUCCCUGUGUGCAGUGUUACCGAUGUACUGAUGUCCACAGCCACAGACUGUUCUGUCUGGUUCACCGUGACUUUCACCUUUGAUCGGUUUGUCGCCAUUUGCUGCCAGAAGCUGAAAACAAAAUAUUGCACCGGGAAAACUGCGGCUGUGGUUCUGACAACAACCGGCGUACUGUUCUGUCUGAAAAACGUUCCCCGAUACUUCACGCGGGAACCCCAGGUGGUCAUCGACAAUGUACCGUGGUUCUGUAAAAUCAAGGACAAUUAUUUCACUGACCCCGGGUGGACAGGAUAUGACUGUCUCGAUACGGUUUUAACUCCGUUCCUCCCUUUCGCUGUGAUCCUGCUGCUCAACGCUCUGACAGUCAGACACAUUUUAGUGGCCAGUCGGGUCCGUAAGGGGCUGAAGGGUCAGAGCAAGGGGGAGAACUGCAGUGACCCGGAGAUGGAGAGCAGGAGGAGGUCUGUGGUUUUACUCUUCACCCUCUCCGGCAGCUUCAUCCUCCUGUGGAUGACAAUUGUUGUAAAUGUCAUAUAUUAUCAAGUCUCAGGGAAAGGAUUCGAUUUCAAUGAUUCUGAAUGGAUCUUUCACUACUUCGGGGUUUUGCUGAGUGAUUUCAGCUGCUGCACAAACACGUUUAUUUACGCGGUGACUCAGUCAAAAUUCAGGGAGCAGAUAAUUAAGGCGGUGAAAUAUCCGGUCACCUCGGUGCUUCAUUUUAUUAAUAAAGACGCGUCCUGUGCACAAGCCGGAGGCGGCCGCGGGGUCUCCAGUCCGGACUCCGGCUCCUCACAUUCACUGCCUGAUCUCCCAGUUGUUAUUCCGAGGCCGACUGUCCCAUCGACAUGA